UCCAAGGGUCUGGCACACAGGCGAAGAGAAAGAUCAGGCAGGGAAGAAAGCUUGAAUUAUUGAUAAGAGUAAUGGCGUUGCUGUCUGUCUGGAGCGUGAUGCGUGUGGCGAUCCCGUUCAUCUCAGUGGUUGGCCUGCUAAGUGUGAGGCUUGUGGGGGCCGGCCAGGACUCUGGGAGUGUCAUUCCUGCAGAAAGUCGUCCCUGUGUUGACUGCCAUGCGUUUGAGUUCAUGCAGAGGGCGUUGCAGGAUUUAAAGAAGACAGCAUAUAAUCUAGACACACGGACAGAAACCCUCCUCCUGAGAGCGGAAAAGAGAGGCCUGUGUGAUUGCAUUCGUGCAGUACACUGA